AUGCAAUUUGAUGAAGCAAAUGUAUUCUUGCCCUUUGCUGAGUUUCUUCUUAGAAUUCAUGAAGAUUUAUUAAUACAACCACUUAGAGGUGAUCUCUGCAAAACUAUGGUGUUAUUUAACAAAUAUUUAAAUGAUAUCGACUCAGGAAUCCAAUACAAGUUAGAAGAGUUUUUUCAAUAUAUUAUUCUUUUCAAUGAAGUUAGUGGAAAUGCAUUAAGAUUAGAUAGAUCAAUUGAAUGUAAUAAGGAAAUUACAACCAUUUUAGAAAUGCCUAGACUUGUGUGGAUAAAUUUGGCAGCAUUAUCAAUUUUAAAGGAUCGAUUAUUAGGGAAUCCAUUUCAAGGGAUUGCUUUUAAAGCUAAACGGGUUAGACAUCAUAAGAAUGAUCAAGAUCACUUGUUGGACUUACUUGAUAAACCAAUUCUUACUAGAAUUGAAGCAGAAGUGACUAGUUCGUUGUCAGGUAGUAAUUUUCAUUGUGAUUACUUGACUUUAGACACAUUAUUAAGGAAACCUAAUAGUAGAUCCAUAUUAGCCAAAGAAAAGAUUAGAUUAAAAGUCUUAGAAAAACCAUUUUAUGAGGUUUGCAAUGAUUCUAAUCAUAAUCAGAUGCUUACUAGUUUUUGCUUUAAUAAAAAGGAACAUGGGAAUCAAAGUUUAACUAAACAAAAUUUUCCUGAUGUUAGUAUAAUUCAUCAAAAGUUAAAUCAAUACAAGAAUUUAAUGCCUCAGGAUAUCUUUGAAUGUUCUCAAACUAAGACUCACUAUUUACCUAUCAUUAAUAGUCAUACUGAUUAUUAUUUAGGAGAUUGCUCGUAUUUGGAUACUUGUCAUAAGAUGAAGACAUGUAGAUACUUGCAUUACUAUUCCCUUGCUCCUCUUUCAAACUUGGAUAUUGUUGAUCAACAACAAUUAGAAAAAUGUAAAAAUCAUGAAUACACAUUAGGUGAAUGCUUUACAGAAUAUCAAAGGCAGAUUGUACCUCCACAUUGGAUUAAUUGUGAUGUUAGAUAUUUACCAUUUCAAGUUUUAGGUAAAUUUGCAGCAAUUAUUUCUGAUCCUGCGUGGGAUAUUCAUAUGUCAUUACCAUAUGGGACAUGUAAAGAUGAUGAAUUAUUAUCUUUACCCAUGCAUGAAUUACAAGAUGAAGGGAUUAUUUUACUUUGGGUUACUGGUAGAUCAAUUGAGAUUGGUAGACGUGCUCUACUUAAAUGGGGUUAUCUGAUUUCUGAUGAAAUGAUUUGGGUGAAGCUUAAUCAAUUAAGAAGAACAAUUGUGACUGGAAGAACUGGUCAUUGGUUAAAUCAUUCAAAGGAACAUCUUUUAGUUGGAAUCAAGGGUGAUCCAAUCUGGUUAAAUCGUAAAAUGGAUGCUGAUGUGGUUGUUAGUAGCACUAGGGAAACUCUGAGAAAACCAGAUGAAAUUUAUGAUGUAGUUGAGAGAAUGGUUGGUGUUCAUUCCCGUAAAUUAGAAAUCUUUGGUAGAGAUCAUAACACGAGACCAGGAUGGUUAACUAUUGGAAAUCAAUUACAAGGUACAAACAUCGAGGAAGAUGAAGUUAAAUCAAGAUUUGAAACAUAUCUUAAAAAUCAUAAAUAA